GCGACAAGGGGCGUCCCUAACGACGGGAGAUCCGACGGGCCCAGGGUCCUGCGGGAAGACGAGCGAGCGCAGGACUCCCUGGAGCUGGUGAGACUUCCACUCCAGACUUGCUCCAGACUUGCUCCAUCUUGCUCCAGACUUGCUCCAGCACUAAGGAACUGCCAGUGUGAGGAAGUUCCCAUUACAAGGCCAUCACCAAGGGACCACUGGUCCUCGGUUACCAGCUCCCAGCAUGCAAGAACCUCAAAUCUCGUCAAUAUCUGUCCCCAACCAUUCCUCAGUCUCCAUGGUGGAAAAGUCGUCCAUCCCGGCAGGCCAAGCUUCUAGCUUAGGUGCAUGGUCCUCAAGGGUCUCAGGCAUCCAAUCCCAAACAAAGUCCAAAGCUCCAAAUUCUGCAGCCAAAAAACGCUGGAUGCGCAGGAUCAUCGCUGAAGAUGAGGAGUGGUCGCUGGCCAUAGUGCCCCUCCUCUCAGAGCUCUGCAUUCAACACAUUGUCAAGAACUUCCAGAACAACCCUAUCCUGAAGCAGCUGCUACCGAAGCACCAGCAGAAGGUCCUGAACCUCUUGUCACAUGACCUACCACUGGCCGUGACUGCCAAUCUGAUCGAAGAUGAGAAUUACUGGCGCCGCUGCUGCACCAAGCGCUGGGAGGUGUGUCACGUGGCCAGGCACGGAAACAGCUGGAAGCGCAUGUUCUUCGAGCGGCAUCUGCAGAACCUGUUGGAGCACUUCAUCCCAAACACCACAGACCCCGCGGUGAUCCUGGACCAGGUGCCACUCUGCAAGAAUUAUGUGCGCAAGCUCUGUGUGCACCAGUUCCUUCCUCCGGUGCUGCUACCGACUGGGCCCCGGAGCGGGGACCUGUCUGACUCUGGCAGCGAGGGAGACAUGGAAGAGCUCGUCACCGACCACUACCAACUGGGCAAUCUGGUGGCUGGCCUGAGUCAUCUGGAGGAGCUGGACCUGGUGUAUGCAGUCAAGGACUGCGGCAUGAACUUUGAGUGGAACCUCUUUCUCUUCACAUACCGUGAUUGCCUCUCCCUGGCAGCCACCAUCAAGGCAUGUCACACACUCAAGAUCUUCAAGCUAACCCGAAGCAAGGUGGACGACGACAAGUCACGCAUCCUUAUUCGAAGUCUCUUGGACCACCCAACCAUUGAGGAGCUGGACCUGUCACACAACCUCAUUGGGGACCGUGGUGCACGCGCUGCCGCCAAGCUGCUGAGCCACAGCCACUUGCGUGUGCUCAACCUGGCCAACAACCAGGUGCGUGCAUCUGGCGCCCAGUCACUGGCUCAUGCCCUGGCACACAACGCCAACCUCGUUUCCCUCAACUUGCGCCUCAACUGCAUCGAGGAUGAGGGUGGCCAGGCACUCGCCCAUGCCUUGCAGACCAACAAGUGCCUCACCACACUGCAUCUCGGGGGCAAUGAGCUAUCUGAGCCCACCGCCACGAUCUUCUCCCAGGUGCUUUCCAUCAACACCACGCUCACCAGCAUCAACCUAUCUUGCAAUCACAUCGGGCUGGAUGGCGGAAAGCAGCUCCUGGAUGGCAUGUCAGACAACAGGACCCUCCUGGAGUUUGACUUGCGCCUAUCAGAUGUAUCCCAGGAGAGCGAGUACCUCAUCAGCCAGGCCCUCAAUGUCAACCGUGAAGCAGCACGUCAGCGGGCCUUGAAUCCCAGCCACUUCAUGUCACCCAUCAUGACCAAGAAUCCUGAGAACCCUGUGGGAUAGGAUGAGGACAGGGUGGGGCGGCAAGCAGACCUGGUAAUGCCUCUGCCACGUCUGCCUCAGAAUGUCACUAUUUAGGGGCCAUGUGGGGAGGGGAAACAGGUGGGGAAAGCACCCGAAUAACAUUGGGGUGAGUAAUCAAGGAUUGUGUAGAAACAGAUGGAGGGGGAGGGUCUGGGAUAGGGGAAGAAGUAUGAAGUGGUACCCAGCUACGGAAGUCUUAAAUGACCAACUUUUUCCAGAAGCAGGGAAGGCAGAAAGGUCUCAGAGAUUGUACCUGCUCAGAGUCCCCCCAGGGGCACCUAUCCUCCCCUCUACUUAACAGCCUCUGGACCUCUUGACCCUUCAAAUUCUUCCUCUCUUUAAUCUCCUCUCCUCCUCCCUCCCUCUCUCUUUCCUCUGGCUCCAGCAUAGCUCUGCUAGUUCUUCCACCCUCCCCCCUGCAGAUGUCACUUCCCUGUUGUUUGACCUGCAUUAAGUGAUCCAGUUCUACAGGCCAUGCCAUCCCUUAACUAGAUCCCCAUCCUCCAUCCUGGGAAAAAAAGAAACAGGUGACAGGAGGGGCUCAGACUCAGUGGCCUCCCCAGAGAGCUGCCCAUGGGAGGUGGAGAUGGUGGGGAAGUGCCACACUGGGAAAGGAAGUCAGUGAGUCAUUGCAACUUUAUUAUCCACCAGUUUGAUUUGUACAAUCUUUGCGCUUGGAAGUUCACAACAGAAAGGCCACAGUGUGAUGCACCCAAUUGACAGAGACCUGUCUUCUCCCCAGGCAGGCCCAGCUCACCCCACAAGCCCUUGUCCCCAGGACACACAGACUCUUAUAGGCGCCCUCCAUGAGCCCCCAUCACUCUGUGGCUGCCCACCCGGGGGCCACACCUAUGGGAAUGACGUCGACCCUCAGGGGCCAAGAGAGGACCUGACUGAUGGACACAGGCUGAGCCCCAUUCCCCAUCCCCCUCAGGCUGAGGCACCCAGAACCUCCCCAUCCUUUUUUCCAAAAGGUGGGUAAUGGGCUGCAACCAUGGCGUUGGGAUGCCUGCUCUCCAGGGACUCCUCCUAACCAGCAAGAGCUGAGCAGAGCACCGAAGGGAGCUUGGGAGUGACUGCACGCGCCUGCCUGUCCAGGCCACCCACAGUCUGUCCGUGCCUGACACCCUCUGACAGUUCUGGAGUGCAAAUGUGUAGGUGUGAGUGUGAGUGUGUGUGUACAUAGCCACAGCUGCUAGCAGAGGUUCUAAUUAGAGAAACAAGAACAUUCAGUGUAAAGUUUAAUUUUAGAGAUUAAUUAAUUUUCUGGUUUUCGUUUUCCCUGGCAAUCAAUAAAGCUACCAAGA